GCAAGUGACCUACCGUCACGUGACUGGUACCAUUUCAGUCUGAUUAGAAAUGUAAUCAUUACAUGUGUAUAGAACAUGUGUUUGCGAUCCUCUCCCUGACUUUGCUGUAGUGUAGUUGCAAAUUUAUUCAUAAUCAAAAUGUGUAUGUGUUGUUUUAUAUGUGAAGAGAUUCAUUCAUACUUCUCUGUUGAAUUGCAUGAUGAUGUUUUCCAAUGUUUUACAGUUGACAUUUAUUACAUUCGUUUUGUUUUUAUAGAUCGUAUUAUUGGUUGUGUGGCAGAUGAAAUUGUGCUAUUUAAAUUGUACAUGACUUGCAUUCGUGUAUGUCAGCCUAUGGAGGGCGCUUUCGGAUCGUAUGGAUUGGAAUGGCCUCGCCUGUACGGACCUGUGUGCCGAAGUGACUAGUAGGCGACGGUUUUUUGUUUAACUACAAUAUAAGCAGUAAUGGAAGUAGAAGUGAGAGAAAAUGCAAUACCAGUUGCUGCUGGUAUAUGGAUAGCUGUAAUAUCAAGUUUCAUCAAUGGAUCUACGUUUGUGCUACAAAAAAAGGGAAUAUUACGAGCCCGGAAAAGAGGUGGUUCCUAUCUAAAAGAUGGCGUAUGGUGGAGCGGCACACUCUCCAUGAUUGUGGGCCAGAUUGGAAAUUUCCUGGCCUAUAAUGCUGCACCCGCUGUUGUGGUCGCACCGUUAGGCGCUCUGGGGGUGCUGUUCGGGGCUGUGCUGGCCUCCUUUCUCCUCCAGGAGCAGCUGAAUGUUCUUGGGAAGAUGGGUUGUGCGUUAUGUUGUUGUGGCUCCGUGGUGCUCAUCAUUCACUCCCCAACUUCAGAGAGCGUCACAAAUAGUCUGGAGCUGGAAGAGAGGCUGGCUGAUCCAGUUUUUGUCUGUGCAGUGUUUGUAAUCUACACAUCAUUGGUGGUCCUUCUGCUGGCCGUGUUGAUAGUGUGGGUAGCCCCAGCUCACGGCCGGUCCAACAUCAUGGUGUACGUGUCCAUCUGCUCCCUCCUGGGGAGCUUCACGGUCCCCGGCAGCAAAGGUCUGGGCCUAGCCUUCCAGGAUGCCUUUAACGGAGGGCCAAGCAGCAGCCGAGCCCUGUGUCUCUUCGUAGGUCUACUGGGAACCCUGGUUAUCAGCGUCUUCAUCCAGUUCACCUUCAUCAGUAAGGCUCUGGAAUCCUACGGCUCUCACAUGUUUGAAGCCAUCUACUACGUGACGUUCACAUCUACAGUCAUCACUGCGUCGGCAAUACUGUUCAGGGAGUGGACAGCCGUGGGCGUGGUGGACUGCCUGGGCAUGGUGUGUGGUCUUACCACUGUGGCCGUGGGAGUUCUACUGCUGCACAUCUCCUCAGAGGCCUCAGUCACCUGGGGGGAGAAGGUCAAAGGACCGAAUAAAAUGGACUGAUGAGUCUCUAAAUGAUCUUGAAUGGCACAUAUAAGUGCAUUGUGGGUGCAAUUGUUAUAAUUUUUUCACUGAAAUGUGACAAUGCGAGGCGGCAUUGAACCAGUGCCAAUGAAAAAAUGUGUAGAGUAUUCUUCUGUAUGUCAGACUCGGUCCAUGUCUACAGGUCUUUUAUAAUGAAGUGAACUUAAUGAACACUAAAAUCCGGUGCUUCUUGUUGCAUUGGGACAUGUUUAUAUUGUCAUAUCACACACAAUACUGUAUACUGCACAGCCAUUGCUAGGGUGGGGGAAGUGAUGAAUAUUACUUUGCCUUCAUAACAACUGGAUUCUUAGGGGGUAAACGGAGGUCAAAUCGUGACUAUGGUCAUGGGCUUAUCUGAUAGGGGAGACGUACAAUGCAGUCAAUAUGUAUUUGGACAGUGGGACAAGUUUUGUUGUUCUUGGCUCUGUACUUCUGUACAUUGGAAUUUCACAUAACUGAGAUUAAUACUGUGUGCUGCCAUUUUUAUACAUGUUAAUCACAUUAAUGUGCAUCACAUCACAUUUUGUUCUUGGUUGCAAAUCUUUUCGCACUUCAUGAUUGCCUAGUUAACAUCUGUCAGACCCGUACUGCAGUCAUUUCCAGUUCAUGUUUAUUUUGGGGGGCAGUUCAGUCUUGUCUUCAGCAAGUAAAAUGCAUGCUCAGUUGUAUUCGGGUCGGGUCACUGACUUGGCCAGUCAGGACUAUAUCACGACUAUAAAAACCUCUUGGUUUCUUUACCUGGUGCAGGGUACGAGGUGAAGUGCUGUUCAAUAAGUGGUGAGACAUUUUUGAGCAGACAAAAUGUUUGGGUACUCAGAAUUUAUAUUACUUCUGCCACCACUGUCAUCAAUGAAGACAAGUGAGCAUGAUCCAGUGGCAGACAUGCCUAAAACCUCCCCCUCCCCCAUCUUAUUUCAAGUUGGUAUGUCUGUUUAUUUUUUCUCUCCCCACUUUUGUCUUGCCACCACUCUGUCAAUAGCAGUCAAAUAGCCUUCAUGUUGUCUCUGCCUGCCCACAGUAACUUAGUCCAGAAAUAUACUUGUCUUGGUAUGUUUUAGGUCAUCUGGUUUUUUUUGUCUGACAAUUUUUUUUUGCCCCUUGCAGUCCAACAUCUAUAGUUUGGCCAUCAAACUCUUCUGCGAAAGGAGGAAGCUCACAAUUGGCAAAUGGAUCAAUUUACUGCCUUGCUGAACUACUGUUUCAAUGUUGAUAGGAGUUAACUCCUGGUUAUUGCAUACUGACAGUGCCCAAAUUAAAAAAGCACUUUGUGACAGCUACUCAGGUAAAAAGGGCUUUAUAAAAUACAUUUGAUUGAAUUUGCUGGAGUGAAGUGAUUUGUUGGGAAGUGAAAUCCAGAAUGGUUGGGAAGGAUGAUGAACAGGACUGCCUUCUGCCUUGUGUUGCUGUGCUCUAGCGUCAAUAGGUUGGCCAUAAUCACCAAUCAAACAUUACAACAUUUGGAGGAGAAAAAGGUGGGGAAAUACAAAUCCUGACCUAUGAUAUUACCGUUAGAAAGUCAGAGCUCUAAGUCUAGUAACUUGAGAAUACUUUUUUAGAUUAAAAUUUUCAUUCCGUGAGAACAAGCUGGGUGACUGUUUAAUAAUAUCUUUCAGUGGGAAUUGUAUUUAGAACAUUAAUUUGGUGGACCUUUCAAAAACAUUUUUCUCAGCCUGAGUUAACGUUUUUAUUGCAGUUACUCAUAAUUCAUCUUUGUGAGAAAAUGUACUUAUCAAAAUAAAAUGAGUAGUGUUACUUUUAUGCUCUUCACUCAUAGGUCUCCUUUCAGCCCAUUUAGAAAGCUUUUUUUAGAAACCAUUUAAACCUAUUGCUUUUUCCACAGGCUGCAUCAUUUAAUUAUUCAAAGAGUAACCCUAGAUUCAGUCACAACAGAGUCGAAUUUUGUUUCAUUUGGCUGAAGGACUUAUAAAGACUAAGGAGUAAGGAAUGGGUUAAAAUAUUAAGAUAACAUCUCCAAAGUUAAUGUUGUUUUUCCCAGUCUCAUUUAAUACGUUAUCUGUUUUGGUCCUUUUUGGAAAAUACGUUAAAGCUCUGAAAAAUAAAUUCCAAUAGUUUUCAACCAAGAAAUGAUCGGGUGUGAUUUGUUAAAAUCACACUGGAGAAAAUACUCGAACUAGAUUCUUUGUGUAAACCCAGUCUGUAUGGAGGGUAGACUACAGUAUACAUACAUAUUCCAGGUGACUACCUUAUGAAGCUGUUGAGAGAAUGCAAAAAGAGUAUGCAUAGCUGACAUCAAGGAAAAGGGUGGCUACUUUGAAUCAUCUACAAUAUGAAACAUAUUUUGAUCUGUUUAACACUUUUUGGUUGCUACAUGAUUACACUUGUUAUUUCAAAGUUGUGAUGUCUUCAGUAUUAUUCUGCUGUGUAGAAAAUUGUAAAACUAAAUAAAUACACUUAAAUGA